GCCGCACGUCAAUCAUGGACACCUAGACUCCCGGAAGUUUUGGAUUAGGCAAACUUCCGGGAUUAAUGUCUGAUACUACAGCUGUAACUCAAUCGUGUGCUUUGCAUGAUGCGGCACAAAAGGGAAAUAGGUGAUCUCAGUUCGGACAGGUAUUUUGGGUCUGAAAAGUCAAAGACUACCUCAUAGGCGCCAGAACCAUAGGGCGAGUGGGAGGGAGCGCCCCCCGGAAACAUCAUUGCUGCUAGCACCAGAGUCCACACCCACGAAGCCAUCAUGUGUGUGAAGAACUAGGAAGCAUCUGCCAGGAGAUGCUGUCUACUCUUAUGGCUGAAAAUGGGCGUGAUGCCAACAAAGACGUUAAACAGAGGAUAAACAAGAAGUUGGCCUGCUCUCUGAAGGCCCUGCUUAAGCGAUAUGUCACGUCAGAGGCUGUGGUAACGAGUGAUGAUCAUGAUGCUAAUGUCCUCUGCUGUGCACUGGAAGCGGCAUUCGUGCAUGGACUGAAGACAAAAUACGUCAAACAGGAGAUGGUGUUCAGAGGAAAGAAGCCAGGAGGUAGAAUAUCUUUGCCGCAGCCUGUCUUUUGGGCACUACUCAAAAUCAUCACGCACAGGGAUGUGAUAGCCGAAUUGGAGCAGUUAAGUUUUAUUAAUACGGAUGUAGGACGGUGUCGUGCUUGGUUGAGGCUUGCACUGAAUGACAGCUUAAUGGAGUCUUACAUGAUAACAUUGCUUCGUGAGAGGUCUAACCUGUCUGGCUUUUAUCAGCCCUUUGCAGUCCUGCUUGAUACAGAAGAAUGUGAGGUUCUGCUCAGCUACUUACAGGGUCUGUCUUCCCUCUCUUUUCAACUUUCCUUCAAGUCAGCAGUUCUAAAUGAAUGGACGAUCACUCCCUUGGCCCUAGCAGGACUGUGUCCUGGCAGUGACGAAGAGAUACUAAAUUGUUCUAGCACCCAAUCCAAAAGAAAGGAAUAUGAGGAUUCUGCUUCCCAGUCCUCUGAAUCGGACAGUAUUGAGGUUCAAACCGGGAAUGAUGUGGAUAACGGUGGGAAACCCGUAAAUGCAAGCGAUCUCACCUCCUCUACGCUGAGUCUCGAUACAUUAGAGUUUUCCCAGCUCUCCUCCAGCAUUAGUUCUGAUAGCCUUCUUCAGGCUAAUGCUACAAAAACUUCUGACAGAUUGACUGAGGAGCCGUGGUCAUGUGACUCUGAUUUGGGUACAGCCAGUGCAGAUGAAUGCAGUCGAUGUUUACAGGAGAUAUUGGAUGAGUAUAAACCGGUAGAGCCACCAGAAACAAGGACUGAACCAAUCCAGCCUUCAGAAGCUAAGAGUGAAACCUCUUCACCAGAACAGCAUAAUAAUCUUCCAUCACCACCUUCAGAGGUGCCUGUAGAACAGUUUCCCAUCUGCCUUUCAUCAGCUGUAGAUAUUAAUAAAUACCCACCAUGUCUGGAACAAUCGGUCAUCAGUGUGCCUGCACAGACUCCAGCUCCUACCGAACCUUGUCCACCUUGCAUCGGUAAUUCUGAGAUUCUAGUCUCCAACUCUGAAGUUGUGUCCUCACUCCAGGAGUCUUUGAGGCCGAGAAAGAAGGAAAAGCCCACUAAAGUGCCCAAACGUACCAAAAAGGUCAUCACCGUGGCAGCACAAUGUAGCGCAGUACAAGAUCGGACAGAGAAAUGUCCUGUAAUAAGUCCUCGCCUUAUGUCUCCAGUGGGUAUGACGAGUAGUAACAGCUGGAUAUCGGAGGAAGACUAUCACAAACCAUUAUUGGACGAGCCAGUAAAAGGUGAAACUUCCCUUGUAGCUACUAGCAAUCUAACGGUUACAGAUGGAAGCAGGCUGGUCAUUCCUGAAACGGAAACUUUGCUUACUGGGAGGUCUACUUCACCAACUGAAGAAAAGCAGAAAAAUUUUAGUGUUGUCCAUCGAAGACAGUUGGGACUUUCAAAUCCAUUCCGUGGCUUGAUUAAACUUGGUAACUUAGAGCGCCGUGGACAAAUGGGCAUUUGGAAACAUUACUACUGUGAGUUGUCACCAUAUGAGUUUCGUCUGUACAUGAACAGUGAGGACCGGAACUGCUCUGAGAACUUUUCCGUUUUCCGUUGUGAGACAAUAAGUAAGGUGAAUAGUGAUGGCCGUUUUGAACUGCACUUUCCCAGUAAAAAGCUUUACUUGCGUGCCUUAUCGCGGGAUGAAGCCGAAGAUUGGGUAGACAGGCUUCGGGAGGCUUCACAAAUGCGACGAACACUACAGGAAGAGACGGGGGAAGAUUUAAACCCACAGCUUACCCCUGUGGAUCGUGCAGAUAUCAAAAAUGGCGUGCUGUCUUGUGGUCCUGCUGAUUUAAACUUGAAAAGCAUGGCAUCAGAAACCACUUUUAAUUGGACCUGUCAGACAGAUGCAGACUUGGACUCUAUUAAAGAGGCCAUCCUUUAUAUGUUAAGUGAAAAAACAUGGCUCCCUUUUAUCUUUUCUUUGUCAUUGGAAGCGCUAAAGUGCUAUAAAUGUAAUAAAAGUGAUAAAGUAUUAUGUGACUGUUGCAGAAUAGAGACUAUCCAGGAUGUCCUGCCCGAUCCAAGCUUAGGUAGUCCUGCUUGUUUCAGGGUUAAGACUUCCAGUGCUGUUCUGAAACUGCAGGCAGAGAGUUCUGAUGAGGCAAAGCAGUGGAGGGAGCUCAUCCGUCAAGUGAUGAAUUCAUAUCAGGAAACCAUCGAUGAAGCCGCUUCAGCAGAAAUAGGCUUAGAUGAGAGCGCGGCUCUUUUGCAUACUUUGAAGAAACGCAACCCACUGCUGCAGCAUCUAAUUGCAUUGCCAACAGAGAAAGGGCUGGAUGCACAGAGCUUUAAAUGUGCAGGGUGCAGUAACCAAAUUGGAUUUUCAUCUGGAAUACCUAAGUUGUGUGCCUUCUCUGCGCAGUACUAUUGCAAGAGCUGCCAUCAGGAAAUUGAGUCUAUUAUUCCGUCACGGAUAAUACACGGCUGGGAUCUGAGUAAGCGACCAGUUUCUAACCAGGCUUUAAAAGUGCUGUACGAGGUUCGUAAUGAGCCACUGAUAAACAUUGAAAAUGCGAACAGAACCCUGUAUGAACAUGUAGAACAGAUGACUGAGCUAAAACGGACACGGGAGAAAUUGAAGUUGCUUGGAGAUUAUCUAAUUACAUGUCGCAGUGGGGCCAUAAAAGAACUGCAUAAAAAAUAGCAGACGGAACCUUUGAAUCAUUUCUUCAGUCUGUGAUACAGUUUUCUUCUGCUCACAUCUAUCACUGUGACCUUUGUACGCAGAGGGGUUUCAUUUGCCAGUUCUGCAAGAGAAAUGAUAUUAUAUUCCCUUUUGAGUUUGAGAAGACCACAAGGUGCAAGGAAUGUAAGACUGUUUUCCACAUUUCCUGCAGGCAAGGAAAUCGUCCUUGUCCUUUGUGCUUAUACCGACAGAAGUAUUCAGGAAAGCACUUUUUGAAAUAGAUACCAUCUUUCACUGUCAAAUAUUGAUCAACUAAGCUUCAAUACCUGCUCUACCUAACUAUAAAAGCACUUCUUGCUCGAUAAAUGGAAAAAUUAGGGUAUUUUGCUCAGACUUCUGGUGUUUACCUCCUCCUUUUAUAGGGCUCUUCGAUUAGCACUACUGUACAGGAACGUUACAAGAACACAAUUCGAUGCAGACCACCACACUGCCAAAACACAAAAGUUGUGCAUUACGUGUUCUUCAUUCUGUGUAACCUGAGAUGCAUUGUGUGCACGCAAGUACAUUAUACAGUUUGUGAACUUUGGCUGUAAAGGAACAGUUGCGUACUGCGCUGUAACACUAAUGUCUUUACUAUUUCACUGUGUUCACCAGUGCUUUGUUAUCCUCAUCACUUUUGCGUGAGCAGUGAAUCUAUCUGCUGCAUGUAUGUUUUGUCAAUGAAUGAUAAAUUAGCUAAUGUAGAACAUUCCCAUAUAAACUUUUCUAGAAACAAAGCUCAUUUAAAAUUAGUCUUUUUUUAAACAAACACAGAACAUUGGCUUCCUGCACCUGUCACAGAGAAGACCAUAUUCAUCACAGUCUUAAAAAAAUUGUUUUAUCUUCAAGUAAAAUGUAAGUUUUGCAGAUAUUUUACAUGAAAUUUGCAAAACUUUCUGUAUCCUACUGUAUGUCAUAUUCAUACCCCUUUUGUGUCCCAAUAUAUAUGGUUAUGUACCUUUUAUGUAAAUACAUAACCACACAUGGUAGUCUUCCAUUCAAGUAAAAAAAAAGUCAAGUUGUAUUUUAUUAAGAAACAGAGAAAAUGUCUGUCAGAAAUCUAAGUAAAAGAAGCGUACAGUCCCUAUGUAUAUGCUGUGUAUAUGAACGAUAUAAACCUAUGUAAAGAAGGUUACUGUGAAGAUACAGUCCCUAUGUAUAUGCUGUGUAUAUGAAAGAUGUAAACCUAUGUAAAGAAGGUUACUGUGAUGAUACAGUCCCUAUGUAUAUGCUGUGUAUGUGACAGAUAUAAACCUAUGUAAAGAAGGUUACUGUGAUGAAUACGUGUAUGGUUCUGUGUGGGUAACGGUGAUCUGCUGGAUCCUUUACAAGUGUAUAUAUUUUAGAAUGACCACAUAUACAAAGUACGCUAUUCUUCAUACAGCUGGCAAAGACUUUAAGUAUGACCAUGUGUAUGGUUUAAGUAAAAUAUUAUUUUUCUGAGUGUACUGUAACUGGGCAGGUCUUAUUAGUUUGUAAUAUUUUUCUAACUAAGCUAUGUUGAAAAGAUUCACUUUGCCAAAGUGAUUAUGAAAGAUCAUGUAUUGAUGUUUGUUUCUGUAGUAUUGAGUAAUAGAUUCUGAAGCAAAACUUUUAGUUUGAAUGAGAGGUUUUCAGAGCACAACUACCGUAUCCAGAAAUAAGCAGUAAGGCCACAUCUGCCCACAACUGGAAGUAAAGUGCGGAUUUUCUUUCAAGGCAUACCAUUUUCAUUUUAAAGUUUGUAAUUUAUGUUUAUAUGGUGGUAAGGCCCUUGUCUUGCCCUUGCCAACUUGUUCUGACUUAAGUUCCCAAAGCAUAUGCACUUUGUAGCAACAUCCCUGCUGAGAAAGAAGUUGAGAAAUAUUCCCUCAUGGAUUCUUUCAGAAAGUGCCAUUGAUUCCAUGUUUGCCCUGUUUUAUAACAAGACACGAUGUGGUCAAAGAAAUAAUUGAAUUGUGUAGGUAAUUUAAAUAUAUUUAUUUUGAACAUUUAUAUUACGAAUCAAAUGUACUGUUGUUUUCUUGAACAUAAUAUAAAUAAAAUAAGUCCUUUUAUUGAGACGUUAUGUAACAUAUGUAAGGAUUUUUCACAUGUAAAGAAUGGCCCAUUUGCUUAUGGUUAAGUUAGACUUUCUUGAGUUAUUGCUUCCAGUAUAGAGUGCAUUCUGCUUUCCUGUCUGUAUGUGUAUGUUUGAUUGAUAUAUAUAUAUAUAUCUGUGUGUGUGUGUGGGUGUGGGUGCGUGUGUGUGGGUGGGUAGGUAGGUAGGUAGGUAGGUAUCUGUAUAAUGUGUGUGUGUGUUUAAUCAGACUAUAAAUCGUUGGCAGAUGUGGAGUUUUCUUAAUGCGUUGACUGUUAAAAGGGUUUACUGUUGAUGGCUAGUCUUCUAAUGGACUUUAUUUCAUGUUUGUUGAAGCUUUUGUUGUUAAGCAGUGGUCUGUUUAUAUUCAGGGGAGGGGGUUGUAACAUGUAGCAGGAAUGCUCAGAUUCCUUCAUACCAUCGUUCAGUGCUCCAGACUGACUGGUACUUUUCAAGCUUGCAGUGAACUUUAGCAUAGGAGUGGACUUCGUUGUCGCAUUGCCACUGUGGCACAGCACUUUUAUAAAGAAAUGGCUGUGUGUUGCUAACACUUGAAAUACACCUUAAUAGUAAAUGCUUUUAUUUAAAUUGCCAUUUUCUGGCAGAAAGUUAAUCAGUCAGUAAAGCAUAUUUGAGAAUGGUAAGCACUUUCACAUUCAGAUGCUGGCAGCUUUAAUGCACCUAGUGAAAGCUGCUAGUUUCCGAUAUGAAAACGUAAUCGAGCUGUGUGGCUCAGGCAGUGCAUCCUGCAGGCACGAUACUGUUGUGACUCAACAAGUCGCUCGCCUUCCUCGUAUUCCCGUUGUGCAUUUUGGAACAGGGUUUUGCUUGCUGUACCUUUUGUGGUUUAACAAUUCCCGAUCCCUGCAUGGUGCGUACUGCGUUCUUUGAUCAGUGUCAACACAGAAAUACUGCACUUUUAUAUAACAGAUUCUGAGCACUUUUCGGAUUGAUUGCAGAGGCACAAGAUAUUCUUUUAUAAUUUUUUUCAAAUAGUGAGAUUUUAGAAAAAGCUCAUUUAUCUUGUUUAGGUUAUUAGAAUUCCUCUUUCUCCAUUUGUCAUUGUACUUGUUAAAGUUUAAUGUAUGUUACACAAGUUAAUGUUCUGAAAAUUCUUUAAAUUAAUUACUCAGGUCAUUUAAAUCAGUUUCUAGCAAUAUUAAAUGUCCAUUUCCUCAGUUUUUUUUCUUAUAUGCUGUACACAGUCUGUUUUGUACUGAAAGGCUGUACCUGCUUUAGUGUAGCAAAGAGUGCAUGUUCCCCACUGAUGCAGUAUGUGUUCAUAGUUGUUUCCUGGUCUUUAUAAAUCUGAUUUUACAGAUAAAAAUGAAAGUAACUUAGGUUACAAAGUUUAGAUUAUAAGGUUAUUUUGCCAGUUUUCUCUGUUCCAAGAUAUACUCAUAAUUGUGUGAUCUUUAGAUUAUAGUAGUUAUAAAAAUAAGACUUCAGCCACUGCCAUGAUGUGCAUGGAUUAUGUGAAAAGACUAUCUUAGCAGAUUUUGUUUGUAUUUCUUUGUGAAGUUUGUCCCUUUUUGUUUGAGGCUGUGCCUGAUCAGUGAACCCUCGGGUAGUUGCCAUGAUGAGAUGGAGUAAAACAUCACGAAUCUCUGAUUAUUUAACAAUGAACUGGAUCUGAGAUUUAUAAUUGUUUUUUUUGGAAUGCAUAUGUCUGUCCCUCUCCUUUUACCUUCCUGACCUCAGAUGUUGCAUCUUAGUCCCGCUGUCUUUUGGGCUUAUUUACCCCAAACCAUCACACUCUGACCUUCUUCCUUUUCUUUUUUACCCCAGACAUCAUAUGGUGACCCUCCACUCCCUUGUGCCUUUUAACGUGAAAAUCAUAUGGAUAACCUCUCCCAUGUUUUGCAUACCCCUUCAGUCGCAUCUUUGUAUGCCACUUUCUGUUUUGGGAAACCCUUCCCCACUACCAUCAUCCAGUUUCACUGCAAGUAAGAGAGUAAGCAAGAAUGUCCUAAAACAGUACAACUCUAACAGCAGGGGAGGCUGUGAGCCCCGACAUCUCCAAGUUUAAUGUAUUCGUGCUACCAAAGAGAGGAGGCUAUGAGCACAGACAUCACUGCAGUUAGUGUACUCAUGCUACCAGAUGGGGGUGGACUGUGCACACAGCCAUCACUGCAUUUAGUGUACCUGUGCUACCAGUAGGGGGUGCUUUAUAUUUUGUGGUAAUUUCUUAGUACCAGUCAGAAGGAAGAGAUUUUUCUCAAAACCUUUAGUAAAGCAGUCCAUUACUCUUAAGUGUAAUUAAAGAUUUGUAUAAUCUGUGUCUUGAUUUGCAUAAUUGAAUACAUAAGGACUUGCUGUUUAAUGAGUGCAGUUUCCUGUUAAAAACAAGACCAGAAGAGCCUUCAUAUCAGAUUUACUAAAAUCUACAUUUUUUAUGUCAUUGUUCUUAUGUAAAAUGUACCGCUUUACCAAAUGUGGAUUAUUUUAUUGUAAAUCCUCAUCACUUCCAGUUAUCCUGUUUUCUGUGAGGUUAAAAUCUCACAGAACUUCAUUUGUAUACACAGGGGUUGGUAUUUGACCCCAGUUGUGUAGUCAAACUUCUUAGGUUCUUUUCACUGGGUUAAUAGGUUGCCUUAUUAGCUCAAAGCUAGGAUGAUGAUGGAUAUUUUUUUACUGUUGUCCAUGCAGUUUCUGAGCAGUGCUAUACACUUUCUGUUUUAUUUCCAUAAAGAUACUUGCAAAUUUCAUGUCUCCCUAGUCUUAUAGAUUCAUAGAUUAGUACUAGGCUAACUGCCCUUGCGAGCCAUUUUAAGCCAAGCCAGUUAUCCCUUGUGAUACUCUAACACCUUGUGUUUAUAAGGCAAUUCCUUAACCAUUUGGCCAUCCUCCCAACCCCUAGUUGUAUGUUCCUUACUGUCACUAGCAGCAUUGAGACAGGCUGGUGUGGAAACAGGAUACCUUCCAAAAAUUAUUUCAUCCUCAUCAAGUGUUUAUCGCCUCACAACACAGAAUGCAAGCAUGCAAUACAUGUAGGCCAAGCACAAAACCUUCAGUCUGAUUUAAACAGCAUGGCCACCAGACCUGAAAGGUCUUACUGCUACAUAUAGGCCAAGCACAAAACAUUCAGGUUGAUUUAAACAGCAUGGCCACUGGACCUGAAAGGAUGUGCAUCUUACUGCUAAGUUCUGCUUGGCAGGCAGAAUCUUCCCAGGAUGCUUUGCCUGCUUCCAGGCUGUCCCUGGAGCAUCCGUUGUGUAACAUUCCUACCGGAACUCUCCAUUUUCUUUUUUGCCUUGUGGAGACCUUGGAUUGUCAAUAACCAUAAUCUGCUGUUUUCAAAACAAAGAUGUUUCCAUUUAACUGAUAGUGAUUGUUUUUGCUUUCUUUCCAUCUUCAAGUUGAACUUUGUUGAGUUGCACUUUGUGUGUAUCACCUAUUUUGUCAUACACAAAACACCCAAAAUCUCAAGCAUGCAGCGGCAUUUUUUUUCUCCUCCCCUUGUCCCCACUUGCACAGGGCCAGCCUAACAGCCUUACUACCUGCACCUAAUCAGCCCAUUUGUUUUGCACAGCAGGAGCUCAGCAUCCCUGGUCUAAGUGAGACAUGUAGAGCAGUUCAUUCCUGCCCAAGGAACCUUAUUGGCCCAUUCACUCCCCAACGAAGCGGGACAGCUGGCAGGUCCCCUGAAGUGACCUACAUCUUGAGCUCCUUUCCUCAGCAGCUCCCUGGAGUUCCACAGUGCUGUCCAUCUUCUCAGGGAAAUAUGCAUUUGUCCCCACAGUUACUAGUCUUUGGACUGCUUUGUACACACUAGCACUGCUUAAAGCCGUUGUGUGCACACUAGCACUGUAUAAGGCCACUUUGUGCACACUAGUGUUGCUUAAGGCUGCUGUGCACACAUGAACGCUGCUUAAGGCUGCUGUGUGUACACUAGCGCUGUUUAAGGCUGCUGUGUGCACACUAGCGCUGGUUAAGGCAGUUGUGUGCACACUAGCACUGCUUAAGGCCACUGUGCACACACUAGCACUGCUUAUGGCAAAAUUUACUCAUGCUUCAUGGGUGCAUCACCCAUUAUACCUCCUAGAUGUCAUCCAGGUGGCAAAUCACACUCCUCCACAGCUCCCAGGAAGGGUGAGCCAGCAGAAGCUGCUCACUUCCAUCAUUACCAGCCCAUCCAUUCCAGUGUAGGCGUGCAGCCUUUAAUGAAAUCACUUGGCGGCAAGGUUCCAAGAAAACACAUUAAUUACUGGGAGAGGGAAAACAAUUAGAGGUUGUAGCUUGUUUUUCAUCUUCCCUUUCAUCCCUGAGAGGGAAGGAAUGGCGGAAAAGACAAGGCCAUCCUCACAAAUGCAAGUCAUCUGGCCUCACCUCAGGUCUGUUGGAGUGAGACUGGCAGUUUCUUCAGUUGAAAUGGAUGUCACAUCACCAGGCCAAACACUGACCAUUUUGUAUAGCCAAAUGUGUCUUUCUCAGGGUACGUUCUUUGACCCAGAAAGCAGUGUCAGACCAACUGUUGAGUCCUCUGCUUGUAGUCCAGAUGGGACUAGUUUGAACAUGGAAGGCAUCACAUAACUAAGUUUUGGGUUAGCAGACAUUGAUUCAGACAUCUUAUUCUCAAGCGUCUUUCUCCACACAGCCCCGUGGUCACUUGACAUCGGUCAUACUAACAUUCGGAUUACCUAAAUUCCAAUACCAACAUCAUUGCCAGUUCACCAUUCUAGAUUGCAGGGUAUCAGCCAAAAAUGUCAGCCUCGUUGAAGACCACCACUCCUUUGCUAGUAUUGCAGCUGCUUAUAUCCAUUUUGUCACCAACUUUUUCUCCUUCCAAGAUGGCUACAUCAUUGUUGUGCCAUCAUUUCCUCCAGCUAAUAAUCAAGUUGUGCCCUUCACAGGGUCUAGAUCCUCUAAGAGCUCUUUGUCCUCAAAGUAACAGCUCUGAAAGGUCCCAAGAAGUACUUGGCCAAAUCUUGCCACAUUACACUACAUGUUACUGUUUAUCAAGACCGUAUUGAUGAGGAUGUGGAUCAGCUAAUUCUUAUGAUGGCCCUAAGUUCAGUGAAUCACCAAGGAUGAUGCAUGCAGGAGUAGGGGAGUUGGCUUCCUGAAGUGGUUCCAGAGAAGUCCACAGGUGUUAAGUUCCAUUUGCAGACCUUCUGGGAGUUCUUUCUGUUGUAGAUGCUUUCAAAACUCUGGAGGCUGUUAACUAAAAAUGUCCAGAUAUCUUAGUUCUUGAUCAUCUUGGGGCUUAGCUGGGGUCCUGAGCAGUGCUCUGUUGAGCAGGCAUCCCACCUUUUUGCCUUGCAAGGAAUGGCUAGUCAGUCCUAGUUUUUUUUUAACUUUUGACAUAGAAUGAGAAGUAAAUGGAAAGCUCCAGAAUGCACUUUACAUAACCAAGGCUUGGCCUGAGGUAGGGCUAGCCACUUGGGAAAAUGGGUUUGGCUAAGUAGAACCUGCUGUGAAGCUACAAGUCCAACAGCCAAAGUGGGUUUUUCAUGGGUCUAGCAUUUAGAAAUAGUCAGUAAUAUCUUCUGUUAAUGCCAGGUGAAAGAUGUUUUAGGAAAGUAAAACAAGAAACUUAGUUCAUCGAUUAUAAAUGAGGGACACAAAGAGCAUCUGUUAGUGUAGCAUUACUUGUCUGUACUUGGCACCACUUUUCAUUUCAUUAAUUGAAAUUAGAACAUGCUUCAGUCCUUUCUUAUUAGCAUGAUCUCCACAAAACUGAAGUAAAAUAUUGUUAAGAUUAGGGAGAGUUAACGGGGAACUGCAGGAAAACAUUGCAGUCUUCUUUAUCUUUGACAGUGCCGUCUAAAAUGGACUCUGUGACCAUUUUGUAUAUUAAGCAGCUUGUUUUUCAUCAUGUAUGUAAUAAAUUCUUACAACACACAGACAAAAAACUGCAGUAAAGAAUUGCUACAUACCUUAACUUUUGUGCACAUUUAUGUUUUCUUUGGGGACGUGGGCAAACUAAAAUGCUCGUAAACCAUAAUCUGUUACACUGCUGUCUUGCUAAUGAAAGUGUUGAACUCCGUAGUCUGGUAUAGAUUUCAAAAAUGAAAAUGAACUGCAUUAAAUGAUCAAGUUAUACUUUAAUUUUGUAUAAGGAUCCAUAUAAAGGUACCUGACUGAAUUAAAAUGUCUCCCAUCACAAUGUGUUACAAUAUAUUGCCAUUUAAAAGUGUAAACUAAAUAUACAUUGUGUAAGAGAUCACUUACUUUUUUCCCUGAUCCAGAAAUUGAACAUACCCUACAAAUGUUUAUUUUAUCUGUGCCAACAUAUUUGAUUUUUUUUCUGUAUGAAGACUCUGCAUGAAUAAAAAAUACUUAUUUUUCAGUCUUGAAUAAAUUAUAACCAAUAGAUAUGUAUGCUUCUUUUGCUGAAAAAUAAAUCUUUAAAUCCACUAUCUGCUGUCUCAUUCAUACAGGCAGUACACUUCACCUGUGUGUCUUUGAGUAACUGACAUAGAAAACUAACUGAACCUUCAACUCUGUUGGACCAUUUCUUAAGUCAGUUUUUGUGAAGAGGAUAGGCCUCCCUGCUUCCCCCAGUGUGGGGGACUUUACCCACCAUACUUAGGAAGACAUCCCCAUAGUUGCAUAGCCAUAGAAAGAGGAAAGAUUUGUAAAGGAAAGUAAAUCGUUGCCAGUGAGCAUACGUUAACUGUCCUGUCAGUAAUUUCCUCUGAAAUACAGUGAUCAGAGAGCUCUUUGAAGAGUUUAACCUAUCUACGUGAAAUCUCUUUGAAUCUGCACUUGAGUAAUUGAGUAGUAGGGAAGUGUAACAAUACAUGUAAUAUUUCAUUCCAAAAAAAAAAAAAAUCUUUCAGUUGCACAGAACAAAGAGAGUGGCGAUUUUUUUUUUUCUAUCGAUAGUUUGAUUUAACAGUGAUUCCGUUAUUCCUGCACAUAUGAAAAUUGUGAAUUGUAAGCAGCCUGUCCUGUAUUUUAAUGUACUUUUCUGUAUGUUUAGUGACCUUGUAGUUGCGCUGUAUAAAUAUGCACAAAGUCACUUUCUCCCAACUCCUAGAUUAUAUUCAGUCUUUUAAACCGCCAUGCCAGCUGAACUUUAUCUUAUCUUUUUUCUCUGAUUACUUUCCCUCUCUGCCUGUUGACCUUUAAGCAGCCCCCUAUUGGACACCCAUUCAUUCGUUAAUUCUAAAAUGGUAAGAAAUCUUCCAAUCUGUUGGGGCAAGAGCCAUCUGGGGGAGUGUCAUACAGUCAGACGUUGGGGUUAUUUGUCUUUGUCACGUUUCUAAUUGUAAGAGUGUUUUUAGUGUAAAUAGUUUUAUCACACCCUGUGGUGGUGACAUUAGCACUUGCCCUUUUGUCCGCACAUGCAUGUACAAACGCUGCUGUCACUGGCCUGAGCAGUCACUCUGCCAGUUGUAUAGAUAGCCCAGGACCCCCACCCCCUCCCCAGGAUAAGUACACUCAUGAAACUGCGCUGCUAAUCCAACUCAGGUUGCCUGGGCCAUCAUCAGGGAUUUAUCCUGUACAGCACUUGCUAAACUUUCAUUAUGUUUAUGUUAAAAUCAUGUCACAAUGAAGCAGUUAUAGCAGGGAUAUCUCUGCCAGACACACACAAACAAAAUGUGAGUUUCUGCUGCAUCACAGAGAUUGUAAGUGUGUUCACCUCAUUUCACACUUGUUUGUCAAAGAAACGUUUUCUGAUUAUUUUGACUAGCAAGUCUGGUCAUCAUGAGCUCAGUAAGUUGUCUGGAAUGUUGAAACAAACUGUAGAACAAAUAAUUAAAAAAAAAUGUAUUAAGGAACUUUUUGCCAAAUACUAUAAACAUUAAAAUAUUGCUAUCCUUUAUUAGCUUUACUUGAAUGUAUAUGUAAUUUCUGUUCUUUGUCAAAAAUGAACUAGUACAAACUGUAAAAACGUGCAGAUUUUCUUUAAAAACUAAUGAAAGUUGUGGAAAUGGAGGAAGAAUUAUUGGUGACGUUAGGAUUCAGGUCCCCAAUCCCAUAAAAAAAAUGUAAGUGCAUUUGUUUGAACAUUUCACUAGCUAGUAGCUUUGCUGUUGCAUGGCAUUGUUACAUUUUUUUUCAAUGAGAAACCACAGCGGUGUUUCCUGCUGCAAUGUCUUGAAAUAGCAUGUUCUCUCUUUCUCUGUCUCUCUCUGCAGCUUUCAUGUUGGCCAACUGAAAAUUAAAUUAAAUAAAUGUUUGUGUGUCCUUUUUUUUUCUAUCCCUCCAACUGGAUUUAGGCCAGUUCAUUCAGUAGAGAUGUAGGGGAGCCCCUUUUACAGAUCCCUUGGGAUAAGAGCCUUCUCAAAGGGCUGCCGUUCAGGUAUAUUUUGCAGAGUUUGCUGCUUUUGCAGGUCAUAGUCGCAGCUUUAUCCAUGUGUGCUGCCAGCACUGCAUUUUUCACCUCCAAAAGUGUGUUAUUUGGGUGUUAAAAAUCAUAAGAAAAAGGACUGAAACUUUCCUUUCAGGUAGAGCUGUGUAAUCAGUAAAUUUUCAGUGUGAUACUUUUGGCAACAUUUCACAAUCUGUAGCUUAUGAACAGUUUAAGUAUGCAUGUGUGUACAUUUAUUGUAUUAAUAUUGUCAGCUGAAGUCCCUGAGCCUUCCUGUAUUAGAUUUCCAGGUUUCUACCAUGGAAAUAAAAUUGCAGGCUAAGGACUGAGACUUCUGAAUUAAAAGGAAAAAAAUACUCAAGGCAUGAAGGUAUGCCAGUGAUCAUAUGUAGAGGUGAUUCUCUUAUUUGGGGUUCAUGGAAAUGUAUACCGUAAAAGCACACUUAAUUUCUACUGCCAAAAACCAUGGUCUUGUCCAGUUAGCAAGUAAAUGUAAUUCCUGUUUGAGAUUAAUUCAAGGGCUUACUUGUGUUCACCUGUGUGAAGUAAUAUUUUAAUUCUGUCCUUGCUAUAUAUACAGAUAGAAGUUAUUCAGAUUAGGAAUUAUAUAUAUUUUUUAUCUUUACAUUUAUUCUGUUUUCUUCAGUUAUAAUCUUAUUUUAUAAGAUAUACUUGUCUGGAUUAUGACCUUCUACCGUGUCUCUUUUAGAAAAUACCUUUAUGACUAACCUAAAAUAGGUGGUAGCAGCUGGAAUAUUUUAAUAAUUAUUUUUCCAGUGGGCAUAAAAUCAACUAAUGCCAAACUAUGCAGUUUUCUAAUUGUUUCUUUACGUAGUAACACAAGUGCACUAUGCUACGUUUAUGUUACCAUACUUUUAAUCCAAUGAUGUUUUGUGUAAUGUGAGAUUUGUUUCUUGAUUCUUUGAAUAAAAUUACUUUCUAUUUA